AUGCAGCAAACUGUAUUCGGGACCAAGCUGCUCCAAGGAUCAGGCGAUUUAGAACUUUCUUCAGAGGGGAAGAAGUUCGUCACAGAUGAAGUAGCACGAUACCACCUCUCAAGGAAACGUAAGACUACCUCUGAGCAAUUGGCAGAGUACGCUUCGGUUAUCGUAAAAGUUUUCCGAAAAGAACAAAAGGACACGUACUUUAUAUCAAAAAAGGGAAAUCCGGGCGGAAAAUUAUACAGCAGGAUAAACUAUAUAAGGCAGAGUGACCGCAAGAAGCUUCAGGCGGAAGACAACCGCCAAACGUCUACUGGAAUUCUGAAAAACACGUACUCAACAGAAACGUUGAAAGCAGUUUCAUGGCUGCAACUGAAUCACAUGCCGUGGGCUAGCGUAUUAUGCUAUUGGGAAAUCUCUUUUCCGGCCAGAGAAGAACUGCUUCAAGAUCAGAAAAAAAUAGCAAAGCUUCUGAAAAAAUACCCACACCUGGGGAAAGAGUUCGGAUUCCAACUUAUUGAUAUCGAUUACCGUUUGUUGGGAUUUGGCGAACAGUCCGGAUGUCAAGAAAAGUGGGAACAAUUGAUUGAUCCGAUCAGCAAAUAUAUUGCGAAAUACGGCAGAGAUGUUUCAACAACAGUUUUAUUACCUGUGAUAACUAACGCUGAACUUUCGCUUGGUUAG